AUGGAUACCAUUCAGGGGCGGAGAGCCAACCCAACCCAACCCAACCCAGCCUGUGACAGGCCUCUUGUUUUCCACAGUAAUGUCAAAACCCAUGUAUUUAACUAUAUGGGGAGAGCUAAGCUGAGAAAGAAAGCGUUUUUCUUUUUGCAAGAAGCUGGAGGUGGAACGCUCAGUGGACUUGACAGCGAAGAGCUGGCCGGAGGUGGUGGCGGCAAGAGAGACGGUGACGGCGGAGCCCCGGCCUAUGGUGGGACCCCUAGUCCACUCCAUUAG